AUUAUUAUUAUUAUUAUUAAUUCUGUGCGCGACAGUAUAUAUACAUAUGUAGGCGGGGGUGGUGUAUAGCCACUGAAAGAGCGGGAAAGUGUGACUACACAGACUUUCCAGCAGUUUCCAGUGACACAGAAAAACAUUUUCAUAAAAUUAAACAUAUUUUUAAAACUAAAAAACAUCAUCGAAUUGUGUGGCAAAUUAUUGAUUCCAUUGAGAAUAAUGAAAUGUGUGAUACCGUGUGCGAAUGUCAAAGUUUUGGCAAGAGCUUUCCAUGCUUUAGCAAAAAUUGGAGAGGAAAUGUAUGUUAUGCCACAGGAGAGAAGUCUGUCAUUUCGUUCAGUGAGCAUGGCUAAUUCAGCCUACUGUGAUUUCACAUUUGGAGAGCAUUUUUUCACAUAUUAUAAUUAUGGAAAUCUCAGUGAGGAUGAUGCCCUCAAGUGCAAAGUUCCCAUGCGGGCUGCAAUGGCUGUAUUCAAGACACCUGGAGUUUUGGAUAAAUUGAUUGAAACCUGCCAAAUUAAAUUAGAUCCAAAUGCUAUUAAACUGAUGAUAAUCUUGAAAUACAAAAACAGCGUUAUCAAAAGGUUUUUGUUGCCCAUCAUUGACUGUGAAGCUCUGCAGGCCUCUUAUAAUACAGACACAGCCUCCAACAAAAUCAUUGCACAUCCAAGUAUUCUAGGAAAUGCUUUGCACAAUUUUCAGCAGAACCUCAUUGAAAUAACACUUGACGUUACUGCUGACAAAAUAUUGAUGAGAAAUUACAUCGAUGAUACAUCUAGUAUUGCAAAUGCAACUAGAACCCAACUAGCCCUGGCAAUUGGUGAAUUCACAUCUUACCAAAUUGAAAAAGCUACCUGUUUGACAUUCUGCUUGAAAGAGUUGCGAGCAAUACUGGCAUUCGCUGACAUUGUAGGUAAUCCAAUAAGGAUUCUUUUCGAAAGUGCUGGAAAACCGGCAAUUUUCUUUCUAAAAAGUACAGCAUUUGAGGCACAUCUUGUCCUUUCAACACUUGAUCCAGAUAAUCAGUAUACACCAGAUACAACAAUACGAGAUAAAAGACAAGUAUCCAAGAAGAGGACAGUGUCAAAACCAAAAAAGCCGACUGUCCAGAAAAAACGAGAGGAUACUGAAAGAUCAGCUAAGACUGCAGAGACAGUUGGCAAUAUAUUGGCUUCAGUGCAUAACAAGAGAGAUAAAGAUCCAUUUCAUUUAAUAUCGAGGAAUCAAUCUGAUGCUGCCACAAUAGAUGAGCCUCAGCUUAUUUCAGCUAUUAGAUCAACCAGCAUUCAUUCGAAAACGACGACAAACAAUGCUGGUAGAUUUUCAAGUGAUGUUUCAAGUCCACAACACCAUAGAACUUGUCAGAGAUCCAAUUCAAUUGUACUGCUACCUGAUUCAGAAUCUUUAAUUCAGUCGUCUACUGCUAUUACAGUUGCUAAAAGAAUACCUUCCAUAAUUUCAAUAGCAUCGAAACGUGGUAACAGAGAAUCAGAUAAUAGAGGUGAUGGUGAUGAUAAUGAUGAUACGAUUCCUGCCUCACCUCCACCACCGGCUAAAAGAGCUAAAAUUAUAUUCAGAAAGUGCUUCGAAAAUACUUUUGAUCCAAAGAUGCUUCCUGGACAUGAUACCCUUCUUGCUAAUGAUUCAGAUGAGGAAAAAAAAUAGAUGCGAUAGAUUGAAAUGAAAGUGAAAAAUUGAGCUCUCAUUGAAUAUUGUAAAACUAUAAAAUUUCCCUAAACAUAGAUAAUUUAUUAUUUAU